UUGCCCCGCCUAAGAUCUUAAAAAGACCUAAAAAUUUUUAAGGGGAAAAUCCCUAACCUGAGAGGUUUCCCCUUCACUGAGAUCUUUGUCUCCGGCGAUCUGACGGCGACGGAGGCGGAGAUUCAAGCGGAGAGUUCUCUAUGAUGAAUUCACUUCGAAGAAUUGGCCCAAAAUUUCUGGAAACUCGCCCCAAUUUAUUGUGCAGAUUUGGCAGUUCUGCUCGCUAUGAGGGUUCGAUUACUAGGGAUUGGCUUGCGAAGCUGUGGACUGAAGAAAGGAAGAAGCUUGCCAUGAUAGAGAAAAGGAGAGAGAGGAUUGUUAAGCAACCUCCAGUUAGUCAAAAUCUUGGCGGGUUAUUAUCCCCUGAUUCACCUGAGGAGGUGAAACUAGCUCCUCUUUUGGCGAGAUCCAAUUUGGUUAUCACAAGAGACAUAGAAUGGGCUAAUAUUAUGUUUGCUAUUGAGCAGGAGAGCCGGUAUGUGAUAAUGGAUGCGUGCUACCCACAAUCUCCUGUGGGUUUUAUUCACGAGCGAAGCAAUCUCAUCUUUAGGCAGCUUCUUCGUACAAGACGUCCAUUUACUGCUAAGAUAAUUGAUGCUAUGGGAAAUGAGAUAUUUACGAUUCGCAGGCCAAUUUGGUUGAUAAACAGCAGUAUUUAUGCAGAAGUUGAAGGAAAGGAAAUUGGUGUAGUUCAUAGACGCUGGCAUCUUUGGAGGAGAAUAUAUGAUUUAUACCUCGGGAAUAAGCAAUUUGCCGUGGUUGAAAACCCUGGAUUUUGGAAUUGGACGUUUACCCUGAAGGAUGAGAAUGACAAUGUAUUGGCUCAGAUUGAUCGCGAUUGGAGGGGUGUUGGCCUUGAGCUCUUCACAGAUGCUGGUCAAUAUGUCAUCCGAUUUGGGGAUGCUGGUUCAAGUGUUACCCCCGGUCUAGCUUCAACAAUAGAAGAACUAGAAGUUGUCCGACCUUUAACUCUGACUGAAAGAGCUGUUGCUGUUGCUCUUGCUGUAUCUCUGGACAGUGACUAUUUUUCAAGACGUCGUGGCUGGUGAGUGUAAUUUCUUUUACCUUUCUAUUAUUAA